GUCAACUCUUUGGAUGGAAUAUGAGUUAUUUAGCCUGUCGACGUUUGAUUUGUUGUUGAAUACGACUGUCAAUCAGUGAAUCUGCUCUUCGAGUGAGCCGAAACCCCAAAAAACUCACAGAGCGUCGAGUGUGACGGGAUGAACAAGGCCAUUGAACCUGGAAAAGCCCCUUAUUACUCUGAACAGGUUGUCCGAACCACCAUCCCCAGUCAGACCCGCGGAUUCCGCGUGCCUGUUGAUCCGAAACCCAACUUCCGGAUCUUCGACUCGAUUAGAGGUUUUUCUCAUAUGAUCUUUUGAAAAUUUAUUCGGUACUGUCUCAAUUGAAAUCUAUCUCUAUCUCAAGAUGGAAGAGCCGAAACCUUUCAAAAUCGCUGUUUCAGAUGACCUCCUUUCAUUCAUCGACCAACGUGUCUCAACCGCCCGCAUUCCUCCUGGCAUCGAUCUACCGGAGAAAGAUGCCUGGUCAUAUGGUGUCCCACCAGCGACAAUAUCUCAAUUGAAAGAUUACUGGGUCAAGAAAUACGACUGGAGAGCUGUCGAAGCACGCAUCAAUGGCCAGCUUAAGAUGUUCACACUUCCCAUCACCGAAGCUGGCGAGACGAUGGCGAUCCACUUCGUUCACCACAAGUCGGACCGUGAAGGAGCUCUCCCUUUGCUGUUUCAGCAUGGAUGGCCAGGCAACUUUCUUGAAGUCGAGAAGAUUAUCGAUUCUCUGACCAAUCCACAGGAACCUGGUCAGCAGGCUUUUCACGUGGUAGCUCCUUCACUACCAGGAUUUGCUUUCUCUGAAGGACCGAAAGGAGGAGACUUCUGGUUAAAGAAUAUGGCGGCUGUCGAUCAUAAACUUAUGCUGGCGCUGGGGUAUGAUAAAUAUGUUGCUCAAGGCGGCGACUGGGGUUCCAUGAUUUGCAGAAUCCUGGGGAUGGAGUAUCCUGAACAUGCUGUGGCUGUUCAUGUCAACGCUUUGGCAUCAGGUCCGCCAAGUUGGUGGAGAUAUCCAUUCCAUUUUAUAUACUUGAUUAUAUGGGCCAUUUGGCAAGGAAAGGGAAAAGAGAGCAAUUUUGGAAGGAUGAUGUGGUGGCGAGAGGAAGAGUUAGGAUAUUUGGAAAUCCAGGGCACAAAGCCCCUGACAAUCUCUUAUGCCCUGGGGGAUUCACCAAUAGGGAUGCUUGCCUGGCUUCGAGAUAAGGUCAAACAUCUUGCCGAUGACGACAGCAUAUUCGACGAAGAAGAACUCAUUACUUGGACGAUGAUGUACCUCAUCAACGGGACCGCAGGCCAUGCCAGAAUCUACAAGAAUGCAAAGGGAAAGGGAUUGGAUAUGUUCUACAAAGAUCUUUUGAACAGAAAAGUUCCCAGCAAUGUUGAUUUCGGAGCAUCUGUUUUCCCCUAUGAUGUGUUGAACAUACCUCACUGGUGGGCAUCAUGCACCGUCUCAAAAAAUAUAGUUUUCUGGAGGGACCGUGAUAGCGGAGGUCAUUUCGCAGCGACAGAAAAGCCUGAUGCUUUGGUAGAGGACAUCAGAGACUUCGCCAAAGUGAUCAGCCCGAGUAGGAUGGCGUCGUUGGUCAAGAGCGGGAAAUUGAAGAAAUGAUACAAUAUCUGAGUAACAUCACGAAUACGAUGAAUCGUUUCUCAAGAACUAGAGCGUUGUGCAACCUCUAGAUUUCAAGCCAAUUCGUUGUAGCUUGUACCCCACUAGAGUUCAGGCUGUUCGGCGAGCCCAACCACCCAAAUGCUAAUACGAACUCAGAAGGCCAGCAACGUGCCCAAUUUAUCCAUGUCCACUAGAAUAUUUGCACGC